AUGGCUCGCAAGCCAGAUCAAGUGGCCGUAAUAAAUGACAUCACUAAGAAGUUGUCCGCGUCAUCGUUGUCUAAAGACGUACUUAUUAAGACCCUUAAGUCCGCGGCGAGCGUGCUGGAGGAGCUGCAGCAGUCCGCGUCAGAGCCGACGAUGACGGCGCUGCGCCCGUUGGCGCAAGCGCUGGCGGCGCCCAACUUCAUGCGCCACCGCGACCGCGACGUGCGCGUGCUGCUCGCGUUCUGCGUGAGCGAGGUGCUGCGCGUGUUCGCGCCUGACCCGCCAUACGAGGACGCGCCGCUCAAGAGCGUGUUUGAGCUGCUGGUGGGCACGUACGAGGGUUUAGAGGACACGAUCAACGCGCUGUACCCGCGGCGGGUGGCGAUUCUGGAGUCGAUGGCGCGCGUGAAGACGUGCAUCAUCAUGCUGGACCUCGAGUGCACCGACCUCAUCCUGCACAUGUUCGAGACCUUCUUCCGCGUCGUGCGCCCUGAGCACGCCCUGCACGUGCAGAUGGCGAUGGUGGAGGUGAUGGCGUCUGUGAUUGACGAGAGUGAGGACGUCUCCCCACAGCUUCUAGACGCCAUUAUCUGCAACAUGCUCUCUCCGGAAAAGGAGGCCUCUCCAUACGCCUACCAGCUCGCAGCAGCAGUGGUGAAGCGAUCAGCAGAGCGGAUGCAGCCAGUGUUCCAGCGACAGCUGGCCCCCGCAAUCCGCACUGUUGCUGCGGCCGGAGGCAAGGACGGGAGAGCAAGGGCGGCAGCGGCGGCGGCGGCGGCGGCGGUGGUGGUGGCAGUCUGGCGUGCAAGCGUGGCGCCGAGUGCGCUGGAGAUGGCGCUGCCUCAGAUCCACGAGGAGCUCGUGGUAAGGGCACGAGGAUCCCGAGGUGCGGCUGAGGGCGGUGUCGCUGGUGGGGAAGCUGCUGAUGGUGGACGCGUCCAUACUGCAUCUCCUCCCUUUUCCCCCCCUUUCCUGCGCACCCUCCUCUUUCCCCUCUCCCCCUCUCUCUCCCAGCACGAGGAUCCCGAGGUGCGGCUGAGGGUGGUGGCGCUGGUGGGCAAGCUGCUGAUGGUGGACACGUCUCUCCCCUCCUGCCUUCCACUCUCCCAAACCCCCCCACUCCCUCUCUCUCUCCCAGCACGAGGAUCCCGAGGUGCGGCUGAGGGCGGUGGCGCUGGUGGGUUGGCUGCUGAUGGUGGACGCGGCCACGCUGCAGCACCACUACCGGCAGCUCUUUGCCGAGUUCCUGCGCCGCUCCAACGACAAGUCCGUCGACGUGCGCGUCAAGCUCGCCUCUCACUCACUCCUCCCUUCCUCUCCCUCCCUCCCUCUCACACCCUCCCUCUCCCUCCCUCCCUCUCCCCGCCACUCUCGCCCCUCCUCGCCCCGCCCACCUCCUCUCCCCAUUUCUCCUCCCGCACACACUCCCUCUCCCCUUGUGCCGCUGCUGCCCACUCCUGCUCCCCCUCUCUCUCCCAGCACGAGGAUCCCGAGGUGCGGCUGAGGGCGGUGGCGCUGGUGGGUCGGCUGCUGAUGGUGGACGCGGCCACGCUGCAGCACCACUACCGGCAGCUCUUUGCCGAGUUCCUGCGCCGCUCCAACGACAAGUCCGUCGACGUGCGCGUCAAGCUCGUCAACCUCCUCGAAUCGUUCCUGCUCCCGGCUGCUGGUUCCGCUUCCGGUGCUGCUGCUGGUGCUGGUGGUGCUGCUGCUGGGGCUGGAUCGGCGGGGGCAGCGGCAGGGGCCGGGGGGAAUGCGCUUGUGGCAUUGUAUUUCAACAAGGCUCCUGGGGUGGGAGGGGCUGUUUCUGGUGCUGGUGGUGGUGGUGCUGGCGCUGUUGGUGCCGGGGCGGGAGCAGGUGUUGGCGUUGGAGGCAGGGCUGUGGAUAUGUCGGAAAUCCGGAACAUGCUGCUGGAGCGGCUGCUAGACGUGGAGGAGAGGGUGAGGCAGGCAGCGGUGAAGGCCCUCUGCUCUGUCUUCGCCCGCAGCCCCAAGCUGCUGCCCGUGGCGGACCUGCGAGCAGUGGCUGACAGACUGAGGGACAAGAAGGUUCCCGUGCGACGAUCCACGCUGCCAGAGAUCGCGAGGGUGUAUAGGGAGCACUGCUUGCGUCGGAUGAUCAAGUGCUGCUAUUUCAAGGACUGCAAGGACUUUAAGCCGCAGACCAUGGACGUGUUCUUUGACGAGGAGCUCUUCCCCAAGGCCCUCCCGGUGGAGCGGAGGGCGUUCCACUGGGUGUACCUCUUCCACUCCUUUGAUGUCAACGACCUCAAGGCCUUCUCGCACAUCCUGCAGAACAAGCAGAUCCUUCAAUCCAGCAUGACAACAUUCCUGCGGACACGCCAAGAGCUCAAGGACCUAGACGCUCGCGAGAGGAAAAAGGCUGGAGAGGAGGCAGAGAAAAGCAAGGGGAAGGGCAAGGAGAAAGUAGAUGCAGGGGCGGACGGGGAAGGCGGGGAAGGAGGGGAAGGAGGAGGAGGUGGAGGGGAUGGGGGUUUGGCGGCGAUUGAAGCUGAGAGGAAGGUGCUGCAAGAGAGGAUGGUGACGCUGGGACGGCGCAUGGCUCAGGCAGCGUUUCUUGAUGUGGCGAAGGCUGAGGAGCAUUUUGCAAAGCUGGCUGCGCUAAAGGAUAACCAUGUGUUCCGGCUGUUAUCGUCGCUCAUGUCCCCGGCUGAAACGCUCACGUCGAUACAGGCCAUGCGGGAGGAGCUGCUGAAGCGCAUAGGCGAGCGGUCGCACCUGUAUGAUCUGGUGAAGGACCUCUCCUUCAAGCUCUCCUUCCACCUCUUCGGCCGGCAACACACCGAAUACGUCCUAGCUAUCCUUGGCGCUAUUGCUGCCAAAGGGGAGGAGGCAGCGGCUAAGGAGGUGGCAGCGCACUUCCCCGCGCUCUUCGAGGGGUGCUUCUCCAGCCUGCUGCCGCUGCUGAGGGCGCACCACCCCGAGCUGAAGGAGGGUGCGGCAAAGCUGCUGUCCAAGCUCUCCUUCUCCCCAGACUCUGCCUCCCCUCGUGCUGCUGCUCUCAGCAACCAGCCCCCGGAUUCUCAGACCACCAACGACACGAUGGAGUGUCUGAAGCAGCUGGCUCUGGAUGGCACGCGGCACCAGAUCAAGGCAGCAGUCGCCGCGCUCUCUGCCUCCAUCUAUGGCGCAAGAGGGCGCUCCACACUCUCAUUCAUCUACGAGAAAGCGGUUGCCUCACUGGACAGCGGGAUAGAGCAGCACCUGCAGAAGAGCGUGGAUGCACUGGGGGCGAUUGCUCGGUUCGCCCCAGACGUGUGGCAGCCGCAUGAAGAUGCCAUCAUCAAGUUUGUUGUGCGCAAGCUGCUCCGUUGCCAUAGUGUGACGGGCCAGGGGAGUGCAACAGCAGCGGCGCUAGACACGCCCUCUUCUGUGGCGGUACUCAAGUCGCGCGGUAUCAAGAUGCUGGUGAAUACGUUUCUGCCACGGCAGCCGGCACCGGGGAGCAGCAAGAAGCAGUCAUCGGGGCUGCAGGCGGUGCUGUGCAAGCUGCUGCCGCGGGGAGAGGUGUAUGAGGAUGUGCAGUCCUCGGAUGCGGACCGUGCACUGCUGCGGAUGACAGCAGCCAAGUCAGUGGUCAACCUUGCCACACAGCUCGACGCCCAGAUCACUCCUGACCUCUACCGCCUCGCUCUCUUCUCCUCGCUUGAUGCGGUGCCUCUGGUGCGGAGGGGCUUUGCCAGCAAGCUGAUAGCGCGGCUCAAGGACCGAUCCGUGCCCAUGCGCUAUGCUGCCGCGCUGCCGCUGCUGGCCGCUGCAGAGGAGACAGACAGCGAGCAGCAAACGGAGGUCCGGAGGUACCUAGCAGAAUACGUGGACGUUACUAGGAGGGCAGCAGCUAAAAGAUCCGUGGCAGGGGCAGCAGGAGGAGGGGCAGCUGGGGAGGAUGGGAAGGACAAGGAAGGGAAGCGGGAGGGGCAGGCUUGGGAGGUGAAGGGAGGGGGAGAGGAAGCGGGAGGGAAAGACGGUGCUGAGCACCCUGAGUAUGUGCUAGUGUAUCUGGCGUAUAUUCUGGCCCAGCAUCCCAAGUGGCCGAAAGCUGAUGCUGCCGGUGCCAAGGCAGAGGACUAUGAGCCAAUUCAACGUCCGGUUGCCAACAGCGUUGCACAGGAGAAACUAGCAACAGUGUGUGACAUUGGCAUUGCGAUAGCCAAGGCCAUUGGCAGGACCCCGAAGGAGACUGAGACUCCUGAGCCUACACCGACGCCUGGAUCCGAGUUGCCGCUCACUCCCCUGCCCGACGGUAGCAAUCUCCCGGCCUGCUUGUCGGAUCUAGAGACCCAGUUCGAGGUGCAAGUGAAGCCCCUUGCUUCACCCGCUGCCAAAGCGCGGCACCAUGCUUCCCGUGCGGGCGGGAAGGGCAAGAGACCUUCAAGAUCGACCACGAGAAGGAGGCUGGACGGGCCAGGAGAGGAGGAGGAGGUCGAGGAGGAGGAUGAAGAGGCAGAGGAGGUGGGAGGGGACGAGGAGGGUGAGGAGGAUGAGGAAGAGGAGGAUGACGUGCGGUACGACGACGGGGACAAGGAGGACUUGCUGCUGCACCGGGAGAAGUUUGAGUUCAUAGACGGGCUGCCUCCCCCACCAUCGCGUCCGCUGAGGUUCGUUGCAAAGCCGGCAACUUCUGCUCCAGACUCUGCCAGCAAAGGGAAGUCUUCAGGGUCGCACAGAAAGGGCGCGGAGACAGCUGGUGCUGAUGGCUCCGCCAGCGUCAGCAAACCUUCUCACAAGAAAAAGGUUCCUCCUCCAGUUGCUGCUGUUGACCCUCCUGCUCCCGCUCCCUCUGCUGCUGCAACUGGCGCUGCUGCGAAGGCUGAUGGGGGGAAGGCUAAGGGUGCAAGCACACCUGCAGGGGAUAGGGGGGCUGGCAGAGGGAAAGGGGCUGCUGCUGCUGCUGCUGCUGCUGCUGCUGGUGGAGGGAAAGCGGGAGGAUCUGCUGAGAAGGGAGGGAGAGGGAAGAGAAAGGCAGAGGAGGUGGUUGGGGAUGAAGAGAGGGAGGGGGAUGAGGAGGGGGAUGAGACAGCAAGAGAGGGGAAGGAGGAGGGAGGGAAGAGAGGGAAAGGUGCGAAGAGGGGGAAGGGAGCCGGGGCAAAGGAGGAUGAGGGAGGUGAGAGCAGUGAGCAGGGGGAUGUGGAAAUGAUUGAAGCAGAGGAGGAUGAUGGGGGGGGAGAGAAGGGAGAGAAGGAAGGAAGGGAAGGUGAGAAGGGGGGCGACAGAGGAGGAGAAAAAGGAGGGGAAGGGUGA